AUGACAUUAAACUUAGACCAUCCUAAAUUAAGUGGAGAAAAAACUGUUCAAAAUGCAAUUACUGAAGUUGCUGCAAUGAUGGGAGAGAAUGUCAAGCUCAGAAGGGGUUUUGCAAUGUCCUCUCCUUCAUAUGGUGUAUUGUCUACUUAUCUUCACACCAGCCCACAACCUGGUAUUGGCCGAAUUGCUGGACUCUUGUCACUUGAAGUAGAGAAUCAGAAUGCUUCAUUGGAUGCUCUUGAACGUGUUGGAUCAGAACUAGCAAUGCAUGUGGUGGCAGCAAAGCCCGUCUUCUUAACAAAAGACCUUGUUUCUGCUGAAGCACUAGCAAAAGAACGUGAAAUUCUCAAGUCGCAGGCAGAAAGUACAGGGAAGUCCCAGAUGGCUAUAGAGAAAAUGGUUGAGGGACGGCUGCGCAAGUAUUACGAGGAAGUAGUUCUAAUGGAGCAAAAAUUUAUUGUUAAUGACGCUCUCAAUGUGAAGACUUUGUUGAAUAACCUAUCUGAGGAAGUUGGUACUCCUGUGAGGAUAGGGAGUUUCUUACGAGUAGAAGUUGGAGAAGGUCUUCAGAGGCUUGAAGCAUCCGGUGCUCCUGAACCUCUAGCUCAGGCUGCUUGA